AUGGUUCAAGCACGUUUAGUAGCCAUUUCUUUGGCGCUGGCCAGCUUAGCUUCUUCCCAGUGUCCCUACGCCGACCCGGGACGCCUUGCUGCAAGGACUGAAGGCCGUCCCGACUCUCGCGAACACCUCAAAGGCUACGAAGUUGACGAUGGUGAUGUGUUCCUUACUUCUGAUGUGGGCGGUCCUAUUGAGGACCAGAACAGCCUAAAGGCUGGAGAGCGCGGUCCAACUUUGCUGGAGGACUUCGUAUUCCGGCAAAAAAUAACGCACUUUGACCACGAAAGAGUUCCUGAACGAGCAGUCCAUGCUCGAGGCGCCGGCGCCCAUGGAACGUUUACCAGCUACGGGGACUUUAGCAACAUCACUGCUGCGUCGUUUUUGGGGGCCAAGGAUAAGCAGACACCGGUAUUUGUCCGCUUCUCUACUGUCGCCGGCUCCAGGGGUAGUGCGGACACUGCUCGUGAUGUUCACGGAUUCGCAGUCAGACUCUACACCGACGAGGGCAACUUUGACAUUGUCGGGAACAACGUCCCGGUUUUCUUCAUCCAAGAUGCAAUCCAGUUCCCUGAUCUCGUUCACUCGGUCAAGCCGCGAUCGGACAACGAGAUUCCACAGGCGGCCACUGCCCACGACACGGCAUGGGACUUCUUCUCCCAGGAAACCUCUACUCUCCAUACCUUGUUCUGGGCCAUGGCUGGUUAUGGAAUUCCUAGAAGUUUUCGCCACAUGGACGGCCACGGCGUCCACACCUUUCGACUCGUGAAUGAGAAUGGUGACACUAAGCUUGUAAAAUGGCACUGGAAAACUAAGCAGGGCAAAGCCAGCAUGGUCUGGGACGAGGCGCAGCACGUUGCUGGCAAGAACGCCGAUUUCCACAGACAGGAUCUCUUUGAUGCCAUUGCGUCUGGCAACUUCCCCGAGUGGGAACUCAAUAUCCAGAUGAUCAAUGAGGAUCAGGCUCUUGCCUUUGGCUUCGAUGUUCUUGACCCUACCAAGAUUAUCCCUGAGGAGCUUGCUCCCCUGCGGCCUCUCGGCAUUCUCAGACUCGAUGCUAAUCCGGCGAAUUACUUUGCUGAGACGGAGCAAAUUAUGUAUCAACCUGGACACAUUGUGCGAGGUGUUGAUUUCACAGACGAUCCUUUGCUGCAAGGUCGUAUUUUCUCCUAUCUGGAUACUCAGCUUAACAGACACGGCGGUCCCAACUUUGAACAGCUUCCCAUCAACAGACCCGUUGUUCCUAUCCACAACAACAACAGAGAUGGUGCUGCGCAGAACUUGAUUCACAAGAACACUGCUCCUUAUAUUCCCAACUCGAUGAACAAGGGAUUCCCCAAGCAGGCCAACCGGACUCAAGGCAAAGGCUUCUUCACCGCUCCCGGCCGCCAAGUUUCUGGUGCUCUCGAGAGACGCCGAAGCAGCACUUUCCAGGACCACUGGAGCCAGCCUCGACUGUUCUUCAACUCCAUCACCCCCAUUGAACAGCAAUUCCUCGUUGACGCCAUCCGGUUUGAGACAAGCGGGCUCACUCGAGAAGUGCAGCAGAACGUCAUGGUGCAACUCAACAGGAUCAGCCACGACAUCGCCGUCCGCGUUGGCAAAACGCUGGGUCUUGAGGCCCCGGCCCCCGACGACACGUACUAUCACGACAACACGACCCAGGGCCUCUCCAUCUUUGGCCAGGAACUGCCCACCAUUGCUACCCUCCGCGUCGGCGUCUUGGUCUCGACCGAGUCGAGCGACUCUCUCACUCAGGCGAACUCUCUCAAGGAGCAAUUCAGCGCCAGCAAGGUCACUGUCGUGACUGUCGGCGAGUCUCGUGUUGACGGCAUUGACCAGACGUACACUAGCGCCGAGGCGGUUGGUUUCGACGGCAUUAUCGUGACCGACGGCGCGGAGAAGCUGUUUGAUCCUAAGAACAAGUCUACGCUUUUCCCGCCCGGCCGCCCCCUCCAGAUCGUCGUGGAUGGGUACAACUGGGGUAAGCCGGUUGGGUUCUUGGGUAAGGCAAAGGACGUUGUAGGGGCUGCUGGAGCCAGCGAGGGUGCUGGCGUGUUCAUCAAGGACGGCCCUGCGGAUAUCGUGGAGGAGUUUAAGAAGGGUCUUGCCACGUUUAAGUUUACGGAUCGGUUUGCGCAGGAUGGACAAUGA